AGUGGCGCCAUCAAUGGUACAUGCCACAUACGGUAACUGUGGAUCAAUUAACCUCUGCAUAAGUUACGUUUAUAAUACAUAUUAACUCUUUUUACUGUUUCUUGAGUCACAGUUUUGAUUUGUUAGGUAGCCCGUGAAUUUUUUUGUGUUGGUCUUCUGCUAGACAAUCAGCGCCACAUAUUCUAAGUUAAGAAUAGAAUUUUUCUGUGUUUUAUAAAAUUAAAAUAAUAUUCAGUGAUAAAAGGAUUGUGUUGUCCUUUAUUACGAUUUAUCAACGUAUUUUCUAUGGUGUAAAUCAGUUCUUGUGAAAAUUGGCUCUGCAUUUGGAAGUUCCAUUGACUUCGAAGUGUUUGACUGACUUCCGGCCAAGACAAGCCCAUGUGGACAGCAGCAGCGGUGCCUCAGAUCACUCUGUACUAAGGCUGUUCCUCGUGCUCUUGUGAAAAAAACUUGUUCUUCGAAUAAUCACGCCGCGUAUAUCGCGAAAGUCAUAACAAUAUGGCUGAUUUAGAUGAUUUCUUCGCAAAAAAAGAUCGUAAAAAAGCAAAAGGAAAAAAAUUUACAACCACAGAGGAAAUAGCGAAGAAAUUGGAAGAAACGGGUAAACGUUUGGGAAAGAAAUCAAAAGACAAACCAGUGAAUCCGGAAGGCGAGGAAACUCAACAAACCGAGGAUGAAGAUGAAUGGAGAGACUUUGAAGAAGAAAAGAAAGAUUAUACUGGCUUGAAAAUUGGAAACCUAACACUUAACGAAUCUAUAGAUGCAGAAUCCGAUGAUGAAAAAGGUACAGGAGACAAUAGCUCGGAUGGAGAAUCAGGAGAGGGUGGCCUAAAACAUUCAGGUCCUUGGAAGAAGCCUGAACUUCCUCCACAACCAGAAGUAACAGAAAUAGCUCCACCACCACCACCACCUGUUACUUCAGGAAGUAGUUAUAAACCACCACACUUAAGAAAUAUUCAGACAGUAGCUGCUAGUCCUAGACAACGAGCGAAAAAUGUUGCACCGGAUAUACAUAGUGAAGAAUAUUUCCCAACUUUAAAUUCCAAACAACAACAGAGCAAUGAACCCAGUGGACCAUGGGGCAGGCGGAAACGAGAUGAAGGUACAUUUGAAGAAGUUCGUAAUCGGGGAGGCAGUAGGUCAUACAGUGUGCAGGAUGCGCAAGCUCAAGCACCGAAGCUCUCUUUGGGCAACAAAUAUGGUGCCCUAUCGCAAGAUCAAAGCUGAAAUCAUCUUUGAUCACUCGAUCAAAUGACAAACACAAUCAUCAUCAUUAAAUCAUCGCCUCUCUCCGUUUCGUGGCCCAGUUGCGCUAUUAAAUAUGUUUUCUAGGAUAUAGAACAUGAUGAAGCGUGUACGGAUAGAAUCCACCAUCGAUUCAUGUACCGUGCUCUAGCUUUUGACAGGUCCGAUGAUAGUUAAAAGAAAAAAGAAAAGAAAUCCUGUUUCGUUCGAUAGGAGAUCUCAUUUACUAUCGUGAAACUGGAUGCACGAUUUCUUUCGUAAAGACGCGAUUCGUGCUUGCGAUGAAUUUCGCAAAUGAACGUGAACAUUUAUUUUUUCAUAUAAGAAAAACAUGCUCAAAACAUACAUUUUUAGCACCAGUUUUAUAUUUAAUUUUUUAAUCUAUAUAGUAAAAAAGAUGAGAGAUCUUUAUUGAUGAAGGGAAAAGUAAGGGGAAAACUAUAAGUUUGCGUGAUAGACCGGAAGUUGAGAUAGACCUUUCGUUUCUUCGCGCAAAAGAUGUUAAACUUUGCGAUUAAUCGCGUGAAGUAUUUACGCGACAGCUGUAUUUUUACACGGUGCUGCUGUUUUCGUUUAGCGUGUUUGCUUUCGCGUCAGGUGAUCGAUCGCCUUCGAAACGUCACGGGAAUAUAGAUUGAAACAUUAAAAUACUCAAAUAUGACAUCCUUUCAAUGCAAGAAGGAUUAUUAUGUAAUUAUGUGUUCAUUAUAUGAAGAAAAAGGAAGUCGAUUAUAUUUAAGAGACUUUUCGAAGUAAGAUCGAUCCUGGUUGGGCCGUGGCUUUUCGAAUAUAUCGUUUCGCUCAACGGCAACGUACGUCAACGAACACAAAAAUCUAGAUGAAUUAAGAUAUAUGUAUAAAUAUAUAUAUAUAUAUGUAAUAAUUAUUUCGAAAUAAUUGAAUUCCGGGGCUGGGCUUUGGAACGGUGCGAAAAUAUUGCUAUAAAUAUCAACACAACAGAAUUGCGUGAAAGAAAGGAAACAAAGAACGUAUACGCAAAGUAUAAUAGAUCAGAUAAAUGAAAUCAAGAAAACUUACCAACAAAAUGGUAUAACCAACAAAAAAUACAAAAAGAAGAGACAUAUAUGCGUAAAUAUAAAAAAAAGAACAGAAGACGUAUGUACGCUUUUGUUAACGCUUGUUUAAUUAGUUUUGUUGAUUUAGGGAUUUCUUUCGCAAAAAAGAAAUGAAAACUGGGGAGAGGUUGGAUUGAAUAAAGGGAUAGAGGAAGAGCAAGAAUUAUGAAAUUGUUCUUCCGUGGGACUCCUCUCCUGCGAGGAGUUUGGGGUGCUAACGCUGUUAUUUUUUGAAUGUGAACAAAAAAAGAGAAGAAAAAAUAUAACUUGGAGAAAUAGGUAAAAAAUGAAAAACGAAAAACGUGAGCCAUACAUACACAAGCGAGGGAAAGAAAAAAAAAACGGAGCCUUGUAUAGUGAACUAUAAAAAGAAGAAAAAAGGAUGUGAUUAUUUAUAAUAAAUUUCCUAGGACAAACUUAUAAGUACUGCCUUAAAUAUUUUAAUUUCGUGAACCAUCAAUGAUAUGUCGAUAAUCUCGCGAUUGGCGAAAUUUUUUUUGAAAGUGCGAGAGAAACCACUCAAAAAUGAGUAUGGUUGCGAUUGAUAAUUUUCUGUUCGCGCGAUUGACCGUCACAGUUUUAUCUCGAGAAUCGAAAGCACUUUUUACGGGCAUUUCCACAUAGAAAUAUGCAAAUUCCAUGUGCGAGAAUCUAAAGUUGCUUAUCUGGUUGGGCCGAUCAGUUUGUUCAUUUCUCAGAUUGAAUCAUAUAUAUAUAUAUAUAUAUAUAUUCAUUUAAAUUCUUACAAUAAUACAUUUAUAAUCGCGAAUUGAAAUAAGUAUUAGAUAAUAAUUAAAUAAUUAUAAAAAUUUUUCUAUCAUUUGUCAUUUUUUUUUAACAAACUGAUCGACUGAUCUCAUACUGUAUUUAAGAGUCACCAAUCCUGUAAUUUGUCAAUCAAUUUCAGUCAAAUGACUGGAAAUAACAAUCUUAUCUAAUUCUAAGGAAUAAAAUGGGGAUUAGUGUCUCUAUAUUCAGUAAAUAAUAAGAUCGAAUAUUGAAAAAGAAAAAGAUGAAGUCAUGAGAAAAUAAUAUUGUUGUCGUCAGAAUACUGAACUUCGCCUGCCUUUUGUUACAGAAGUUGAAAUAAUUUUAUCGCGAUUGUUAGAAGAGAAAAUAGAAUGACAGAGGAAGCGAAAGAAUGCGCGAAAGAAAGAAUGGGGUGCAACGUGACGAAAAAUGAACUUAAUAUUAAAUAAUAAGAAAAACAUAGAGUGAACAUAUGAAAUUUAUUUCUAAUAACAUUUGUUUUUAUUUCAUUUCAUUAUACACAUCUCAACUAAAUACAACUCGCAAUACUCGUGCCCAAUUUCUGUGAAAUGAAUAAUAAAAAAAGAGAAAAGGAAAGAAAAACUGUUUUUUGCAAAUAACGAUGCAUUAUGCUGUACAAGAUAUAUUUUCGAGAAUGUACAUAUAUAAGUGUUACGAUAUUAGAUACAUUUUUGAUUGUUACAUAAAGUUUCAAAAUAUUCUUUUAACAAUUAAUUCGCUUUAUAAAAAGCACAAUCGCUUCGUUUGUUAAUUUAUUGUGAUGGAAAUUAACAUAAGAUAUGAUUUAAUCCUAUGCAAUUUUGAAAUGUCUUUAA